AUAUUAUUUUCGAAUGAGUUAGAGGAAUAUUUUACUUAUCGAAACACUCACACUAAAAGGCACAGAGGUUGCCAGACAUAGUUGUUCGGUUAGCUAGCUAACGUUAGCUUUACUAACGUUAGUGGAGACUGAAUCACAGAGGGCUUAUGAUGCCUACGUUGCGGGACAGUACCAUGUCCCACCCCGGCGAUAACCCUCACCAGGUCCGGGUGAAAGCUUACUACAGAGGGGACAUCAUGAUCACACACUUUGAGCCAUCCAUCUCUUAUGAGGGACUCUACAGUGAGGUCCGAGACAUGUGCUCCAUGGACAACGAUCAGCUCUUCACCAUGAAGUGGAUCGACGAAGAAGGAGAUCCAUGCACAGUGUCCUCUCAGAUGGAACUGGAGGAAGCUUUGCGCCUCUAUGAACUCAACAAAGACUCAGAGCUCAUUAUUCAUGUGUUUCCCUGUGUUCCUGAGAAACCAGGCAUGCCUUGUCCUGGAGAAGACAAGUCCAUAUACCGACGUGGAGCUCGGCGCUGGAGGAAGCUUUACUAUGCAAACGGACACGCUUUCCAGGCAAAGCGCUUCAACAGGCGUGCUCAUUGUGCCAUCUGCACUGACCGAAUCUGGGGCCUCGGUCGUCAGGGCUACAAAUGCAUCAACUGCAAACUGCUGGUUCACAAAAGAUGCCACAAACUGGUUACAGUGGAGUGUGGCAGGCAGAUGAUACAGGAGCCAAUCAUGCCACGACUCGACCAGGUACCCACUCCAUCAGAUCACCCUGAGCCAGGUACUGUACACAGCUUUCCCCAAAACUCCAUCGAGAGUCUCAAUCAUGAGGGAGAUGAGAAAGAGGCUAUGAGCAGCAGAGAGUCUGGGAAGGUGGCUUCCAGUCUUGGCCUUAAGGACUUUGACCUACUGAGGGUCAUCGGCAGGGGAAGCUACGCCAAAGUUCUGCUGGUCCGGCUCAAGAAGACGGAUCGCAUCUACGCCAUGAAGGUGGUGAAGAAGGAGCUGGUCAAUGACGAUGAGGAUAUCGACUGGGUCCAAACAGAAAAACAUGUUUUUGAGCAGGCUUCUAAUCAUCCGUUCCUGGUGGGGCUUCACUCCUGCUUCCAGACGGAGAGCAGGCUUUUCUUUGUAAUUGAAUAUGUGAAUGGGGGAGACCUGAUGUUCCACAUGCAAAGGCAGAGGAAACUUCCAGAAGAACAUGCAAGAUUUUACUCAGCUGAAAUCAGCCUGGCCUUAAAUUACCUCCACGAACGAGGCAUCAUCUACAGAGACCUGAAACUGGACAACGUGCUGCUUGAUUCAGAGGGCCACAUCAAACUCACAGAUUAUGGCAUGUGCAAGGAGGGACUGAGACCAGGAGACACAACCAGUACUUUCUGUGGAACACCCAAUUACAUUGCUCCUGAGAUUCUAAGAGGAGAGGACUACGGCUUCAGUGUCGAUUGGUGGGCACUGGGUGUCCUCAUGUUUGAGAUGAUGGCAGGAAGGUCUCCGUUUGACAUAGUUGGCAGCUCUGAUAACCCUGAUCAGAACACAGAGGACUACCUCUUCCAAGUAAUAUUGGAAAAGCAAAUCAGAAUUCCCAGAUCACUUUCAGUGAAAGCUGCUAGCGUCCUGAAAGGAUUCUUAAACAAGGACCCAAAGGAACGUCUGGGUUGUCAUCCGCAGACAGGCUUUGCUGACAUCAUGGGCCAUCCAUUCUUCCGAAAUGUCGACUGGGACCUUAUGGAGCAGAAGCAGGUGGUUCCACCAUUCAAGCCCAAUAUUUCUGGCGAGUUUGGACUAGAUAACUUUGAUGCCCAAUUCACCAGUGAACCCAUCCAGCUGACUCCAGACGAUGAUGAUGCCGUAAAGAAGAUUGACCAAUCAGAGUUUGAAGGAUUUGAGUACAUCAACCCUCUCCUGAUGUCUGCAGAGGAAUGUGUGUAGACGCUUCGCUUGCCUCCAUCGUCACUACCAUCUCAGAAUUGCCUUUUGUUCAGCAGUGCAUGGUCACAAGCACACAAACAAACAAACAAACAAAGAGAAACACCCAGGAGAGAUCCUUGUUCUUUUCAGGAGGUUGCUGUGCUCCAAGAUUCUGAGUUGCCAAACUGUUCUUACACUCUGCCAUUCAUGACCACUAGUCCUUAAUGCUAUUUGUU